AUGUCAAACACGAGAAUGCUCCACGACACCGAUAAGGCUGCAAGAGAAACUAUACGUCUGCUAUCCAGCUUGGAAUCUGUGUACAAAGACCUCGAAUCCUGCCCAGGCAAGCGGUCCAGGAACAGCGACUAUAUUAGUUACAAUGCUAUGCAUGACUCUAUUCUCCCUGAGGGCGAGGACCAGAAUGAUUCGGUGAAGCAAGGCGUUGAUUGCGUGAAUGUAGCCAUCUUUACCAAUGCCAUGUGGUCUAACAACGGGCAAUACGAUGAGGGGAUCGCUAUCUUUUUCUCGCUGCUUGUUCCCAAACAACUUCAUGAUCGAGACGACGUUAUUGAUAUCUUCUUGGAUAUGGUGACGAUAUGGGCAUUUGCCGAGACACGUUGGCCUAUUGGAGGAAAGGGGAUCAAAGAAGUCAUCAGCAAGAUGAAAGAAAGGAUCGAGAUUGUUCUCAAAGGCGAAGACUCAUUGCUAUGUCAAAAGAUAUGGAAGGCUUUCUAUGCAAGAUAUGAACAUCAGGAUCCGAUGCCAUGGGAUAUUCUUGAAGAGAUGGUCAACCCGAAACGUCUGAAAUCGGCAUGGUUUGAGGUGUUACCCACUGUACUGGAUGCCAUUGAUAACAAGGAGGAGGGUGAUCAUCAACAACAAGCCGAGGAAAAUGGAAGCGACAAUGAUGCUAUUGAAAAUGGCGAUGGCUCAACAUGCUCAUUUGGCACUACCAACGAAGGAUUGUUGAAAGGAGAAUACUUGGAUGAGGUGGAUAAUGAUGACGAUGAGGAGGGGGAAGAAGAAAACACAAUCAACAACAAUCAACAUCAUCACGAAUCGGAUGUUCCAGAAUCACGCGAAGGGGAGGGGAAUCAACAAGACGAACCACAUGUGGAAGGUCAAUGUCCAAAUGAAGAUUCAGGGAAUGUAGAAUCGGCAUCACUUGAGGAUACACAUGAAUUGCAGCAUCGAGAGGAGGAUUUCCAUGUUGAGCGUACACCACCACAAACAACAACCGAGCCAGUGGAACUGCAUUUGACGUCACUUGAAAGUGGGCUUCAAGCACACCAAGACGUGGUUUAUGAUGAUGAUCAACCCAACGAUAGCAACUACAACGACGAUGAUUCAACAGGAUGGGACAUACAAGGAUCCGAUUAUGAAUACCACGACACCACAUCACCAAUGAAAGACGACGUUCCUUCAAAAAGAUAUCAUUACGAUCAUGGACAACGUAUAUCCUACAUGGCCCGCCACGUCAAUGCAGCAUCAUCAGCAUCACCUCUCAACUUUAGCAUGCACUUGUUAUCCCCAAUGGAUGCUUACACUGUAAUCGGCUCAACUCAGGAAGAGGGUGGUCAUAGUGUCAAUCAACAAGACAAUCGUGCGACACCAAAUGCAUCACAUGCUGGAAUGAAGCGCCCGCAUUAUCAAGAAGAAGAUGGUGAUGGUGAUGAUCAAGCUGAAACGCGUUAUCGACGUGAGCCCUCUUUUGUAUCAAAAAUCUUUGGGGAUGAUGAUGGCAACGCAAAUGCAAAUAUCGAAGACAUCAAUCCUAUACGACCACCAUCUCAUUCAAAUGCACGACGCAGUACUACUAGUGCUCGCCUGAUUGUAAGUGUGCCUCAAUUCAAUAUGUUGGGAUCAUUAUGCAAUCACAUCAAUUCUAAUGGUCCUCCACCGUAUGAUGACAACAACGUGCAUACAAAGACAACAACAAGGGAAGAUGAAGAAUACGAGAGACAUGCUUCAGCACCACAUCACCAUGACAACGAUCAUCGUAUCACCAACUUGGACCCCAACCCGCAUACGAGGACAGACGAUGAUGCCGUUCAGCAUAGUGACAAUGAGAUGGAGAAUGGGAAUACAUCAACAACAAGCCAACAACGACAAACACCACGCCAUGGUCUUGCAUACACAACCCAUUAUGGACCUGAAUUACCUGAUGAUGCAACACAAAUUGGAGAGCGAGAUGAUACCGCCAGUGGUGGAUGUGGUGAACCUACACGAGAUGAUGUUACCCAACAACAAGCGGUAUCUGGUUUCGGCAACACUACUAGGCAACAGGAUGAUCAUACUGCCAACAACCUAUCAAGUACCAAUACCAGUGCUACUGCAUCUCCUGUAUCUCAACGCCGUCGUCGUCGUCUUCGUCGCCGUCUUCAAGACAUCGGCCCUACUAUUGCUUCAACUCGUCCACGUCGCAACAAUGUAGCGUAUACUUUUCCACCAAUGGGCCAAACGUUUCGCCGUUGGACAACCGAGGAAGUCAAUGCCCUGGAUGAUGGUAUCAAGUUGUAUGGCAAACAAUGGGGGAGAAUCAUAGCCGAAUAUUCCAUCCUUCGCACAAGCAAAACAAAAGAACAAGCGGCGCGAAAGGCGAGGUACAUAGCAAAGCAACGAAAGUUGAAAGGCUUGCCAUUGGAGCAUUAUGAAGGCUGUGGAUAA